CUCGGGAGAGCCCCGCAGGUGUACCCCAGAUGUGGCAGACUGAGGGCUGUUGAAAGCGCCAAGCUCCACCCUGGCACCCCCUACCGCCAACAGCUCCAUGCAGGUGCCUCAGGGUGGAGAGGACCUCGCCGGCCAGCCCUGGUACCACGGCCCCCUGUCCCGCCAGAAGGCUGAAGCUCUUCUCUUGCAAGAUGGUGACUUCCUUGUCCGGGCCUCUGGGUCCCGCGGGGGCCCCCCUGUGAUCUCGUGCCGCUGGCGGGGCCUCGCCCUGCACUUCCAGGUGUUCCGCGUGGCCCUGCGCCCCCGCCCGGGCCGGCCCGCAGCCCUCUUUCAGCUGGAGGAUGAACAAUUCUCCAGCAUGCCCGCCCUGGUGCACAGCUACGUGGCCGGCCGGCGCCCACUGUCGCAGGCCACGGGGGCUGUGGCUUCCAGGCCUGUGGUGCGGCAGGGGCCUCUCCGACGCAGCUUCAGCGAGGUCGCCCUGAUGGACAGCCCUGCUCAGGCGGAGCCGUUCAGGGCCAGGAAGUGGAGCAGCAGUCAGCCUGCAGAUCUGGAACACGCAGGUCAAACAGGACAAGAUGACCCCGGAGCAGGAGCCGCAGCGAUGCCGGUGUGCACCCUGCCCAGGAUGGGCAGUGACCCCACGCUGCUGAAGGGCCCGCCUCCCCUGGGAACCGUUUCCGACACUCUCAGGGCCUCCGACGGGCAGCUCCACGCCAAGGCACCGACCAAGCCCCUCCGGACCCCAUCCCUGGCCCUGCCUGAAGCCCCGGGGUGCACCCCAACCUACUGCGAGCUGGUGCCCCGAGUGCCCGGUGCCCACAAAUCACCCCCCGGCCAAAGGUGCCCAGAACCAGAGUCCCCAUGGUGGGAGGCUGAGGAGGAGGAGGAGGAAGAGGAUGGAUGUUUUGUAAGACCACAAGCAGAGGUCUCUUUCUGCCCCCUUGCCCACGCCUCCUGCCUGCUGGGCCCCCAGAAUCGGCCCCUGGAGCCCGAAGCCUUGCACACUCUACGUGGCCUGUUCCUGGAACAUCAUCCUAGGAGCACUGCCCUCCACCUGCUCUUGGUGGACUGCCAGGCCACAGGCCUCCUGGGAGUUACCAAAGAUCAGCGGGGUGCCAUGGGGGUGGCCUCUGGCCUGGAGCUGCUCACGCUUCCCCAUGGGCAUCGCCUGAGGCUGGAACUGCUGGAGAGGCACGAGGUGCUGGCGCUGGCCGGGGCGCUGGCCGUGCUGGGCUGCGCGGGGCCGCUGGAGGAGCGCGCGGCCGCCCUGCGGGGCCUGGUGGAGCUGGCGCUGGCGCUGCGGCCGGGGGCGGCGGGAGACCUGCCCGGGCUGGCGGCGGUCAUGGGCGCCCUGCUCAUGCCCCAGGUGUCGCGGUUGGAGCGCACGUGGCGCCAGCUCCGACAGAGCCACACGGACGCCGCGCUGGCCUUCGAGCAGGAGCUGAAGCCACUAAUGCGGGCUCUGGAUGAGGGCGCGGGCCCCUGCGACCCCGGCGACGUGGCGCUGCCGCACGUGGCGCCCGCGGUGCGCGCGCUGGAAGGCGAGGAGCCCGCGGGGCCGCUGGAGGAGAGCUGCGAGCGGCUGCUCCGCACCUUGCACGGAGCGCGGCGGGCCGCGCGGGACGCGCCCAGGUUCCGCCAGGCAGCGGCCCGGCGCCUGCGAGGAUUCCGGCCACACCCGGCGCUCAGGGAGGCCUUGACCACCGGCUUCGUGCGGCGGCUGCUGUGGGGGAGCCGGGGCGCAGCGGCGCCGAGAGCCGAGCGCCUCGAGAAGUUCCAGCGGGUCCUCACCGUCCUGUCGCAGCGCCUAGAACCCGACCGCUGAGGGCGCAGGCCCCUCCCUCGCACCAGGGACCCGCCUUCUGCCUCCCAGGUUGGCCGAGCCCACCGGAAGGCCACCCCCGAACCCGUGGGGUCCCUGGCCAGGUGCACCUGCGGCUUCUCACAGGCACGAGGCCUCGCAGGUCUGGCUUCAGACACCAGCAUUCAGAUUCUACUCUGCCCCUUAAAAGCUGUGUGACUGGGGCGGGCGCUGUGGCCUAGCACGUAAAGCUGCCACCCGCAGUGCCAGCAUCCCGUAUGGGCACUGGUUCGAGUCCCAGCUGCUCCACUUCUGAUCCAGCUCUCUGCUAUGGCGUGGGAAAGCAGUGGAGGAUGGCCCAAGUGCUUAGGCCCUUGCAUCCACGUGGGAGACCCAGAGGAAGCUCCUGGCUCCUAGCUUCAGAUCUGAUCAGCCAUUGCGGCCAUUUGGGGAGUGAACCAGCGGAUGGAAGAACUCUCUCUCUCCCUCUCUCUCUGCCUUUACCUCUCUGUAACU